AUGGAGAAGGCAAAAUGGAGCAAGACAGCAGGAGACUAUUCUAUGGGAUUUAAAGUACUAACAAGUAGAGGACAGAUAGGAUAUCUUUUGGAGAAGCAAUGUCAUGAUAUUUCAGAGUAUCUCCUCACCUCGCUUACAAGACAGGCCCUGAGGGAGUAUCUUGGUGAAUUCCUUGGCGAAGAUGCUGUUGCAGAAAAAAUUUUUUUUCUGAAAUACAUUGGAAGUAAUCUAGCUGUGAAGGCAAAACAAGAAUCAGAACUGAAACUCAAAUUGUUUGUUCCUCCAUAUGCUCUUCAGUCAGAAUUAUAUUUGCUUCCUAUAAUGGAUCAUUUUGGAAACAUUUACUCAGCAUCAAGAAUUUCUUUAGAUGGGUGGCAGACUAAUAAUGGUGUUGCUGAGGCUGUCAAAAUAAUUCUCAGACCAGUUACUGUAACUCUGUCAAAAGAAGAACCUGAAACAGAUCCAAGUUUUUUAGAAAAUACUUUGAAAAACCCUCUUAACAAAAAUAAGGAAGAAGUGGGGGGGGGAAGACACGCCGAAUAAAACCAGACUGCAAAAAAUCAAUUCGGAAAUUCUGAAUCGCCAGGAUCAUUGGAAGAUUCAAAUAAUGACUGUUUUAGCACCAAAAAGAGUCAGUUUCUUUGGAAAAAUGAAGAUGAUGGAGUUAAUAACAAUAGAAGACAUGACAGUCAGAUAGGUAAAAAAGAAUACAUCACCUUACCAGAUCUUAAAGAUUUUCCUUCACCUCCUUGUCAACCUUACAGUCACUUACAGUCCAAUGUGGAGAUUCCAGGAAUAACUGAAGUCUCUUUACUGCAGAUUCGUAGAAUGAAGGCUAUCAAACAAAUAAAACAAGUAAAGGAAGAAAGAAAGUAUCUGCAAAGAAUUAAAGAGGAGCUAAUAAAAGUUGAAAAGCAGUAUGAACAAAGCACACUGAAACAAUAUCAUGCUUGUGAUAAUUCGAAAUAAAAAUGCUUUGAAACAAAGAAAGUGACAACAUCACUGGAGGGGGUUUUAGUAAAAUUUCCAGAAGAUUUAGAACUCUACUAUUUAUGCAGUAGUAGAGUUCUGCUCAUGCAGCUUAAAGCCAGGGAGGUCAAGAUGAGACCGAAGAAUAUGGCAAACAUCACAAACUCUAAGAAUAACCUUAUACUUCAGAUCACUGAGGUACAGUGUGCAAUUGACCAACUUAAAACAGAUAUUCAGAAAAUAAAACUCAUUAUUGAAGCUAAGAUGAGAAAACAAGCAAUUUUAGAUGUAUCCACACUGAAAGCUGAACUACACCGAGUAAAAUUAAUACAUCUUUACAGCUUCAAUUAG